CGCCAACUCAUCUUCCCCUCUUCUUCCCAGGACAUUCUAUUCCAGAAACCAAAUCGCAAACCAGAGAGAGGGUACUCUACUACUUACUAGUCACCAUGUCCGCUACCAUCACCGAAACCACCACUAACCCCGUCCCCGUCGUCGUAGCGGCCGACAACAACAGCUCCACCAGCAAAGCCCACAUCGAAGAUGCCGCCAACGACAAGGAGUUCCAAUCUGUGGCGCGAGGGAAUCGCGCCGGAACGCUCAAGCUACGGGGUAUUCCGACUUUUAGUGAUCCUGUGGCUAAGCGGCAGUGGAUGAAGGAGCAUAUGGCUGCUGCGUUUCGGUUCUUCGGUAAGAAAGGGUACGGGGAGGGUGUGUCGGGGCAUAUUUCUAUGAGAGACCCUAUCCUCAAGGAUCACUUCUGGAUGAACCCCUUCGCCAAGCACUUCUCCACCAUCAAAGCAUCGGAUCUUGUCCUCGUUGACGCAGAGGGUUACGUCACUGAGGGUGGUGCGCAGCUGCCCAUAAAUGAGGCCGGAUUCAUGAUCCACUCUGAAAUUCACAAGGCCCGGCCAGAUGUUAUUGCUGCGGCGCAUACGCAUUCCAUUCAUGGGAAGACGUGGAGUGCGUUUGGAAAGCCGAUUGAGAUGCUUACGCAGGAUGCAUGCAACCUCUACGGAAAGGUCGGUGUCUACGAAGACCACGGCGGUAUUGCCCUUGCGCAGGAGGAGGGUGAGCAGAUUGCCCGUGCCCUAGGAAAGGACAAUAUUGCUUGCAUUUUGCAGAACCAUGGUCUUCUCACCGUGGGCCGAACUGUCGACGAGGCGGCUUUCCUCUACUUUAGCUUAGACAAUGCCUGCCACACGCAGUUGCUGGCUGAAGCAGCGGCCGCGAACGGCGUUCCGAAGAGGAUCAUCUCGAAUGAAGUGGCGAAGUAUACUGCUGAUGUUGCGCAGAACCAUCACAACUUCUAUACCGAGUUCCAGCCUGAGUACGAGCUGAUCGUUGAAGAGACUAACGGAAGGGUUCUGCAAUAAGGAACGGUAUCUACUAGCAAAAGUGUUCGUAAUGUGCAUUCUACAUUUUCAUUGCAAUGUCUGCAGCCUUGAAGAUAAAACAACCCUAUUGCCGAAGAUCACAGAGCCUCCUACAACAGCACGUGUUUCCUCGUGCCACUUGAAUCUAAUAGAUGUGAUCGAUAGAUAGACAAGGGAUAAAAAAAAACCUAACUACCUCUCCGCUUCAGAAGUGUGGAAAAAGCAAAAAGAUAUGACAAGAGUGGGAUUCGAACCCACGCCAUCUUACGAUGAUCAGGAAGCUGUGAAGCUGGGUAUUAAGGUGGACCUUAACCUGACGCCUUGGACCAACUCGGCCAUCUUGCCUUGAUUGAUGAACAGAGCUGCUGUUUAUUGAUAUAUCUUCCAGAACAACCAAAACAGCAAUAGCGAGGUUGUCAUAUGGCCAUAAAUGUGCCUGAAAUAUCGGUUACAUGCAGUGAUUGACUCGUGUGUUAUAGGUGGGUCUUUUAUGGGUCC